GCAUUCCCAUAUCUGAGCAGAGAGAGACGGGGCUGCCUAACGCAGAUAGCUGCGUGCAUUUAGCCAGCUGAGUAAAUAUGGGAGGAAGUACGGGAGCCAACGAGCAUGGUGUAAUUUGACAGUUAGGUCAGCUUAUUACUUAUGUAUGCCAGACAAUGAGUGUAGUUGGUAGCCCGUGGUGACCCCUCUCUUCAGUUUAGCUAUGGAAGGUGGCGAGUUGGUGAUUAGGCUGCCAGGUCGAUCUGACUCCCCCGUGGGCAACGGGGGUUUGGGUUCUGGCGGCGGGCUUGGCGAGACGCUGGUGCUGCGCCACAAAGAGGUUCACCACUUCUUUUUUGUUCCCUUCAGGGAGCAACCCAUCUACAGCACGAGGGCCCACGUCUUCCAGAUCGACCCCAACACCAAGAAGAACUGGCUGCCCACCAGCAAGCACGCCGUCACCGUCUCCUACUUCUACGACAGCACGCGCAACGUGUACCGCAUCAUCAGCCUGGACGGCACCAAGGCAAUAAUCAACAGCACCAUCAGUCCCAACAUGACGUUCACAAAGACGUCUCAGAAGUUUGGACAGUGGGCAGACAGUCGAGCGAACACCGUCUAUGGACUGGGCUUCUCCACUGAGCACCAUCUGUCAAAGUUUGCAGAGAAGUUUGCCGAGUACAAAGAAGCAGCACGGCUCGCCAAGGAAAAGAGUCAAGAGAAGAUGGAGAUGGCCACAUCUCCUUCUCAGGAGUCUCCAGCAGGAGAGCUGGCAUCACCUCUGACCCCUGUGACUCCGCCCAUGGAAAAUAUCAAUGGCACAGAUGAAAUCUGUGAUACCCCCCCCAACUCAGAGCCUCGUCCAGAGCCAUCACAGAACGCCCUGGCCUUCACACACAGCCCGGCCAUGACAAAACACUGGGAAGCUGAGCUGGAGGCACUGAAAGGGAACAAUGCCAAGUUAACGGCAGCUCUGCUGGAAUCCACAGCCAACGUCAAACAGUGGAAACAGCAACUGGCUGCCUACCAGGAGGAGGCAGAGAGAUUACACAAACGGGUAACAGAGCUUGAGUGCCAAAGCAACCAAACCCCAGUGAUCAAAUCCCAGAAGACAGAGCUCAACCAAACCAUAGAGGAGCUGGAGAACACACUACGGGAUAAAGAAGAGGAAAUGGAAAAAUUGAAAGAAGAACUUGAAAACAUGAACGACUUGAUGGAGCAGAAGGACACCCUCACUCAGAAGCUGGAGGAGACGGAGCUGCGCAGUCGGGUGCUGGAGGAGCAGCUGGCGGGGGCCGAGCAGCGGCUGGAGGAGAACCAGGAAGAGCAGGAGAAUUUUAGAAAGAGCCUGCGGACACUGCUGGAGCUCCUCGACGGCAAGAUCUUUGAGCUGACGGAGCUCAGAGACACCUUGGCUCGGCUCAUAGAGGAGGCCAGCUAGAGACAGAGAUGCCCCACCUUCGCAGACAGAGCCAUACGAUAAUUCACUUACAGCCUCACUGCGAUCCUACCCUCCCUCACGCACCCCUCACUUAUUAAACUGAGACGCUGCACUGCCUCACGAAGGGCAGCUGAUUCCCUGUUUUUACCUUGCAGGCAUUGAGCUCCCAUUAACAGCAAGCACUCCCGUAGUUCAACAUGACGCAGGGACUACCUCAGCUCGCCCUCUGAUUGGCUGGUGUAGUCGUAACCUUAGAUGAACUGAUUGCUCCAUUUGUAGAGAUACCUGCUGAGGCACUACACAACUGCCCCCCUAAACCCCCGCCAACCCCCCCCCCCCCCCACACACACACACACA